GAUAGAGCAGCUGGAGAGGAUGGUGUUGGACCUCCAACAAGAUGUCCUCUCUCUGAAGAAGAAGGUGCAGAGGCUGGAAUCCUUGUCCUUCCAGGAGGACCCCCACCGGCAGCCGUGCGAGGUGGUGGAGCUCUUCAAUGGCUACACCAAGGAACAGCUCAAAGAGACCAUCCGCUUUGACCAGAAAAUCAGCACUGCCUGCAAGACGCUGCUCUACAAGCUCUUCACAUCCGACUACAUCCAGAGUCACUCCAUCACGGGCCGGAGGGGCAACACCUUCCGAGAGGCGAAGCCCAUGAUGGAUGAACGUUGCAUCAAAAUCAUCCGGGUGCUGCUGAAGCAGAAGUUUGGAGAUCACCUCAGUGACACAGUGAUCACGGAGAAGAUACAAAACGUGCAGAAAGCCCUGAGGCAGAAGUUUAAGACAGAAUGUCUCUGAUGUGGGGGGGACUUGGUGCCUCUUCCUGCCAUGCUCAUCCCUGUACCUAAGCAAAGACAAGACGAGUCCAACCUGCUGCUCUUCAGCUGAUUCCCCCCAAAG